UCAAAUGGUAUUUUUCCCAAAAGCAUAAUGGCCUACCCUUGUUUAUUAGACCUUUCCCGAAGAUGCGUGCGCGUGUAUGCUCAUAAUCAAUAUCAAUAGAAGCCUUCAAACAUCAAACUGAAACUCAAAUGGCAUUGUCACUAGCAUUCAAAUUGAGAUCAUCUCAUUCUCAUUCUCAGGUCGCCUCUCUCCUCUUAUCUUUUAUCCAUUCCUUGGCUCCACGCCUACCGCAAGCUCGUAACAACACAAGCAUUUUUCUAAGAGCAACGCUUCCAAAUCCAAACCCAAUAUCUAUAACAUUUUCUUCUUCCAUUGACAGACAUAUAAGGUUGUUUACCUCCGAACCCACCAGUACCAGCAGCAAGAUCAACACCAAGGUUAACUUCUCUUUGCCCGAUUCAGAUGAUGAUGAGGACAACAGCAAGGAAGAAAUCAUCGACAAAAACAGCAAGCCUCCACCACCUUACGACCCUUUCAACAAGAAACCAAUCAUAGAGGAGCCAAAUGACCCUAAAGACUUGCAAGAAAUCUUCCACAACAUGAGGACCAAAGACGGUCUCUUCAACAAUGCAGUCAAGAUGUUCGACGCUUUGUCCAAAGACGGACUCACCCACGAAGCCUUAGAACUCUUCUCCCAAAUCAAGGACAAGGGUCACAUGCCCGGCGUGGUGGCCCACACUGCCAUCAUCGAGGCUUACGCCAAUGCGGGCCAGCCCAAGGAGUGUCUGAAGGUGUACUUGCGCAUGCUCGCUUCUGGGGUGGCCCCUAAUGCCUACACUUACACCGUUCUUAUCAAAGGACUUGCUAAGAAUGCUAACUACAUAGGGGAUGCAAAGAAGUACGUGAUGGAAAUGAUGGGCAAAGGAAUGAGACCCAAUGCCGGGACCUACACCGCUGUCUUUGAGGCUUUGGCUAAGGAGCAGAAGGUGGACGAGGCCAGGGAGUUUGUGGAGCAAAUGAAGAGUAAGGGAUUCGUACCCAAUGAGGCAGCUGUGAGGGAGGUUCUUAAUAACAAGCGGGGACAGGUUGUCAUCAACGUUCUCUUUGGCAAGUAGAAACUAGAAACUAAAUUUCUUUUUUUUUUUCUUCUUUUGCUUUUUCCCGUUCUUGGACCAUGUACUUGUAACCUGUGUUUUUGGACAUGAGAAAGUAGUUUGCGCAUCACCUUUGAUUAAGUCU